AUGGGCUUCUACUUCAAUUCUCACACGCUGGCCUCUUUCUUCCUGCUCUUAGCAUUCCCAGCCUUCACUUAUGGAUGGGGAAUUGUCGGCCACCAGAUUAUUUGCCAGAUUACCCAGGAUCGUUUAAGUGAGUCAGCAGCUGCAACGGUUAAAGAACUACUCCCUGCCUACGCAGAGAACGACCUAAGCACCCUUUGCUCUUGGGCAAAUACAAUCAAGUUUCGAUACCAUUGGUUGUCGGAACUUCACUACAUUGAUACCCCUGAUGAUCUUUGCACUUAUAAUUACAACAGGGAUUGCAAAGAUGAAGAUGGUGUGAAAGGGAGGUGUGUCUCAGGUGCCAUCACUAAUUAUACUAAUCAGCUUCUCACCUAUGGAAGCUCUGCCAAUGAAUCACAAUAUAAUCUCAUUGAAGCACUUCUAUUCCUUUCUCACUUAAUGGGUGACAUCCAUCAGAUAGAAGAGACUAUUUCUUAA